AUGACACAGGUGGCGAUCCACAUGCGCAGCAUCGGCCUGCAAGUUCUGGUUCUCACAGUACCCUCCACACUUCUCCACACUAAACUUGGAUGCUCUUGGUCAACAGAAAGACGGUGUAAAGAUGAAGCUGUGCUGAGUCUCAAGGACUAUAGCAUCCGGCGAGGUGUUGAGUACAGAGUCAUCGAAUUAGAUCAUUUGAAGUAUCAUGGAACAUGCAAGGAAUUCGGCAAGGGUUGUAGUUGGUUGAUUCGUGUAGCGCUUCGUGCACGAAAGGGCACUUGGGAGGUUAGGAGGUACAACGGGCCACACACAUGCCUCGCAACAUCUAUUUCAAGUGAUCACCGUCAGCUGGAUUACCACGUUAUCUGUGCGAGGAUUCUUCCUAUGGUUAGGGCAGAUGCUGCGGUUACGGUAAAGGUACUUCAACAAGCGACAGAAGCCGAUUACGGUUUCAGGCCUAGUUACAGGAAGGUUUGGAUGGCUAAGCAGAAGGCAGUGGCACAAAUAUACGGAGAUUGGGAAGAGUCUUACGCGGAGUUGCCACGUUGGAUGCUAGGGGUCCAGGCGACAAUGCCGGGAACAAUCACGGUGCUGAAGACGUCUCUUGUUCGGAUUGGUGGUGGGGUUAAUGAGUCCACAGUGUACUUUCACCGGCUUUUCUGGACAUUUCCACCCUGUAUCGAGGCAUUCCGGCAUUACAACCCCCUCGUCAGUAUUGAUGGUACCCACUUGUAUGGGAAGUAUGGAGGGACGCUGCUGUUGGCGAUAGCUCAGGACGGGAACUCGAACAUCCUGCCGAUAGCAUUUGCCCUUGUGGAGGGCGAAAAUGCAGAGUCGUGGUCAUUCUUCUUGUCCAAUCUCCGAGAGCAUGUGACUCCUCAGGAGGGUAUCCUUGUUAUCUCUGACAGGCAUAAUGGGAUCAAGGCAACGCUUGAGGCACCUGAGACUGGGUGGCUGCCUCCUCGGGCUUUCCGGGCCUACUGUAUUAGGCAUGUGGCUGCGAAUUUCGUCCUAACGUUCAAAGGUAAGGACUCAAGGAGGAUGUUGGUGAAUGCUACCUACGCAAAGACUGAGGCUGAGUUUUACUACUGGUUUGACAUCAUGCGGACUGAGAAUCCAGCAAUGUGUGACUGGGCCAAUCGGAUGGAGUAUGACAAAUGGACCCAACAUGAGGAUGCUGGUCGACGGUUCGGGCACAUGACCACAAACAUCAGUGAAUGUGUGAACUCCGUGCUAAAGGGAACUCACAACCUGCCGGUCACAUCGUUGGUUAAGUCAACUUACGGGAGGCUUGCUCAGCUAUUUGUGGUACGGGGACAGACAGCAGAGGCACAACUCGGAUCUGGGCAUGAAUUCUGUCAGGCAUUGGUCAAGGCUAUUGAUCGGAACCUAAGAGACUCUAGGUGCUUCACUAUUGAUCGGCUCCACCACCCACUCCUCCUUCACACCUCCAAAGUUUUCCCAAAUCCUCUCAACACAGGAAGACCUUCCUUUUUUUGUGAUGAUGCAAAUGAUCCGUCCCAGCCUUCAGCGGAUUACUUAUAUAGCUCCACACACAUAAACCGCGGUGGGUUACCGGGUUUUAUGUGUAAUCCAUGUUCCUCAUAA